UUCCUUUGUUCAUAGCGAGCAGAUUGAUGGAGUGGCAUGAAAAGAUAUCCAAGAAAUUCAAUCUACUGAGUAAUGUUUGAUACAAUGAGUCUCAAGAUGCAGCCUUCUUCAUUGCUUGACUUCGCACAACUGUGACACUGGAUGAUUGUAUCCUCACAAAACCUUGGAUGAACUAGGAAGUUUUCCGCGCCGGUCAAAACGUUGACAGGCGCGUCAUCGCGCCCUUGAGUUGACACAUCGACCACCCAUCUCCACAUCAUCAACGGAAUGAACGGAGUACUCCGUGAACAACCGCUUAAAUGACCACGUUAUCUUCCGCCGCAAUCAUCUCUUGAAUCACUUCUCUUCAUUCCCUAUACCAUUCAUUCAUCAUGUCAAAACUCCCUCUCAGAUCCCUCUCCCUCAUCCUCUCCCCAUACCACGUCGGCCUCCGCAACAAAGGUCCCGGCGCCGGCCCAGCAUUCCUCAAAACCUCCGGCCUCGACUCCGCUCUCCUCUCUCCGCUCUCCGCUCCCCGCUCCCUCGGUCUUCCCCUCCAUGAAAUCGAAGUCGAGCCGGUAGACGACCACGAAGGCGAAAUCGGGCGCAGCUUCGAGGUUGGUGAGGGUGGAUUGGGAUGUGUGUGGUUUGAUGCGCAUGAUGAUCUUAAUACACCCGACACCGUUAUGAGCGGAUACUUUGACUCGAUGCCGAUUGCCAUGCUCGCAGGGCAGUGUUGGGAGGGUCUAUUGGGGACUGUUCCGGGACAUCAGCCGAUGGAUUUGGAGCGGUUGGUGCAUGUUGGUAUGAGGGAUGUGAAUGACUUGGAGCGGGCCAGGGUGGCAGAGGCCGGGUUCGAUGUGAUCUGGGGCAGCACAGAGAAGAAGGUUGAUUUUGGGGAUGAGCUUGGGGUCGUGCUGCAGCGGAAGAAGCUUGGCUCUACGAUGGUUCAUUUUGAUGUUGAUUCUUUGGAUGCGUCCAUCGGACACGCGAAUCGGUUUGCUGCGCCGGGUGGGCUGUUGAGAGAGGAUAUUAUCGGGUGUUUUGGGGAGAUCUCAGGGAAGGCCGAGCCAGUUUCUCUUACGGUUGCUUCGUUUGAUCCGUCGUAUGAGGGGGCUGGAAAUCUUGCGUCGGUUGCUGUUGAGGCGAUUAAGGUGUUUUUGGAGUCGUUGGUCAAGUCUGGGGUGCUGGCUAAGCCGUGA